AAAAAUGGGAACCAUCCUGUCUAUUGCUGAAACUACAGCUAUUGAUAUAUCAACAACUGCAAAACAAAAAGAAAGAAAUAUCUCUUAUAGUAGUGAAAAUGUAAGUGUUGAUCUAUUAACAUCAAACACAAAACAACAGAAAGCAAUUCCUAGUGAAUGUCCAAUGCACAAAGCUAGUAAUGUUUCAGAAUGCCCUGUGCAACAUGGAGGAGGAGAAAUUAAUCCUCUCAACAUGAUGCCUAAUGGAAAUCAAAAUCGUUCUCCUGGGCAACCGUUUCCUCUCUCUACAGAAAGGCAACUUUCAUCAAUCCCAAAAGCAAUAGUAAAAAAAGGUGAAACUCCAUAUUGGGAAUAUCCAAGUGCACAAAUGUUCUGGAAUGCAAUGUUACGAAAGGGUUGGAGAUGGAAGCAAGAUGAUCUAAAACCAGCAGAUAUGGAAAGUAUUAUCAAAAUCCACAAUAUGAACAAUGAAAGAGCAUGGCAAGAAAUUCUUACAUGGGAGAGAGCUUUACAUGGCAAAGAAUGUUACAAUCCAAAAUUAAAGAGUUUUGGUGGAAAGUCUACUGAUUACAGUCCAAAAGCCAUGAUAAAUUGGUUACUGGGAAGUGAUCUUCCAUUUGAUAGACAUGAUUGGAUUGUUGAUCGCUGUGGCAAAGAUGUAAAAUAUGUAAUUGAUUAUUACAGCAGCAGUAAAGACCCAAAUAAACUUCCUUACGCCAUUUUAGAUGUUAGACUUGCAUUGAAUAGGUAAUA